AUGGCGGCCACUACUGAAGAGCUCUUCACCACAUGUUCGAUUGCAGGAGUGCGGGACACGAAGCUUCAGCUCUCGCAGCAGCUGGCGAGAAGCCGGGAGCAACUCAAUCACCAACUGCAGGCGUCUUAUGGCGAGAUACUGCACGUAUGUGGGCAGGUUACAGAGCUCUACCAGGCCAGCCGUGAAGUGGAUGGGAAGUUCAUGGACCUCUGCUUCAAUGACCCUGAUUACAAGCUGGGGCAGCUGCAGGAAGUGUGGCAGGAAGAUGUUGCGCGCGGGUUUCGCCUCUCCAGUGGGCCUCGGGGCGUCGAAGAAAGCUUGCAGAACACAGAGGAGCUAUUGGAGUUGGGCCAGUGGUCGGCAAGUAUAUCAGCGUUUGAGCGUAGUCCGGGACCGGCUACGCUAGAACUGCUGCUGGAGCACUUUCGCGUAGUGGCUGCCCGCACACAAGCGCGCACUGCGCUCGUGAGCCGCGGCUGCCGCAAGCUGGAGGCCUUUCUGGUAGAAGGUGUGCCCCGCGCCUUGGGCACAAAUUUGUACAUCGAUCUUUACGAACUGUUGGAAGCGUUCCCGCACCAUGCCUUCGGCACCGCAGUGCUGAAUGCUAUACUGGAUUGCCUACUUGUAGACCAUCGCGACGUGCUUGCGGACAAAUCCCGUCAGGUCCAGCUCUUCAUCAAGCGCCCGGAGUUCGUCGCCGGUAUUCGCCAGAAGCUACGUCGCGACCUGGACGCCGAGCUGUCGCGCUGUCGCGCUGCUUGCACACGCACCGACGAGCCGGCAUUUUCUCCCUAUGACUGCAGUGCAAUGGACACAGAUACAGCGCGCUUUGUCUUCGACCUGGUUUACUAUGACAAGGGCCUGACCACAGCGGCCCGCGUAGAAAUCGCUGAAUGCAUUGACAACGCUAUUGCAAUGCUGACAGAGCUCAAAAACUUUGAGACUGAUGGAGCCGUCUUGGACAAUCUUCGGGAUAAUUGGAGACUUUUGCUGCGCAAGGAGCUGGACGGCUAUCCGCCCUCCGCGGAUACCCCCGCUACAGCUGACGUGGUUGAUGAAAUUGUAGCAACAUAUACUACGGAUAGGUACCGUAGUUUAUUAGAGGAUAAGCUGCAGCUUCUAGAAUGA